AUGGAGCUGUGGCAGGUGCCGCUGCUCUUCUCGCGCCUGCCCAUGUUCCCCUUCUUCGACCUGGCGCACUAUGUGGUCUCCGUCAUGGCGCUGAAGGAGCAGCGGGGAGCUGUGGAAGUGUCAGUCCGAAGUCCGGUUGCCUGCUGGUUUAGUGCUAUGCUGUAUUGCUUUGGUGGUUCAGUUUUGUCUUCAUUGAUGCUUGCAGAACCUCCAGUAGCAUUUCUGGCAAAGGGCACAAAUAUUCUACUGGCAUCUUCAGUCUGGUAUCUUGUGUUUUACUGCCCACAAGACAUAUUCUACCGGUGCUUUGCCUUUCUGCCUCUGCGGCUUCUGGUUGCAGGAAUGAAAGAAGUGACUAGGACUUGGAAGAUAACAGCUGGCAUUGCACAUGCAGACAGUCGCUUCAAAGAUGCCUGGCUUGUCAUGGUAGCUGUGGGCUGGGCUAGAGGAGCUGGUGGUGGCCUAAUUUCCAACUUUGAGCAGCUGGUGAGAGGAGUGUGGAAACCUGAAACCAAUGAACUACUGAAGAUGUCCUACCCUGUGAAGGUAACUUUGAUAGGAGCAGUUCUUUUCACCCUGCAACACAGCCAGUGCUUGCCAAUAGCAAGACACAACCUCGUGUUUUUAUACACCAUCUUUCUUGUCGUCUCCAAGGUAACAAUGAUGUUGACAAGAUCUGCAGCUUCUCCGUUUGCUCCCUUUGAGGCUGCGUUAGGCCAUAUGUUCUUUGGCUUGCAAAAGACACCAUCCAAAGUGAAGGGUGAAGGUGCCACAUCUUCCAAUGGCUCAUCAGUCUGUGACCGGUCUUCUUCUGAACAGCACCAUGAUGGUGUUAAGAAAAGACAGGCAAAGAAAACAGAUUAAGUGGCUUAAAAUCCUUGAUGGUCGUAACCUUUGAAGAUGUUUGUAUUUCAGAUUAGGCUGGCUGAAAAAUUUGUUUAAAGAAAUGCAUGUGAGGAGAGAAAAGGGCUGUAUACUACUGUGUUGUUUGCCUUCAGAAUGUGUUUUGUAAGCUACUGUUCAGGUGUCUAAAUGCACAUGUUGGAUUUCUAAGUUAACCACUAUAAAAAUUUGUAGUUUUUAUAAGUUUACUAAAUUUUGUAUUUAUGAUAACUUUAAAUGCUUACAUGCUAAAAAGAGUUUCAAAAUGUGACAAUCAGCUGUGUUAUUUUUUUCUGCUAUAUUACUUGUUUCACCUCUUCCCCUCCCCGCCAAUUCUUAUGUUUCAUUUGGAUAGCAUGGAUUUGCACUGCCAAGUGUUCACAAUAGCAUGUCCCAAAUAAGAAAGUCAUCGUCUAAGUAAGGCUUAAUCACAUUGCAGUGUAAAACCAUGAAAAUGUACUGAACUAAUGCCUUUUACUAGAAAAAUAACUGAAUUACUGUUGUAAUUCACAUUGCA